CGUCGAACGCGAACGCGCGAUAUGCCGGCGCUGCUGAUGCGCCCCUCGCGUCCUUCGGUUGUUACAGCGCAUUGGCAAAUGGCGUCGGUGGCGCUCUCAGGUGCGUGCCAGUCGGGCGCCGCAAAAGGAGACGCUAGAUCCCACCAUCCCGACAUGAUGCGGGCUACGAUUUGACGGGGCCAAUUUUGUGAGUGCCCGAGCAGACCGCGGUCACAUACAUAUAGACGGCUCGAGCUCCGAGGCGGGACUUUUCGCCCCCAUCCUCGAGCGAUCGAGUGGGACUGACUAGCGACCGCCUCCGACGCCGGCUGCUACUUCAACCCUUGCACCAUCGAGGAUCGACGCAUCUUCUGGACAGUGGACAUCGCUCGCGCCUCUUCGCUGUGCUUGACCAGAUUAUCACUCCUUCCUCCUCCCACCAUGCUGAUCAAGCUCGUGCCCGUUGCGCCUCAGCCCACUGUCCUCUUCUCUUUCACCUUCCCGCACCUCGAGGAUGCAGGCGUCGAAGUCACACCAGCCGGUUGGGAGAACCAGCUCUCGGCUCUUCAUCGUGACGGUCUGGAGGUCCCGAAGAGUUUGCAUGCGUUGGACAAGGCCGCGGGCAUCACGAGUCUGCUCGACGAGGUCCUCUUCAGUGUACCAGCCCUCACCAUCACCUGUCGAUAUCAGGACGGAUCGGUGGAGGAGUGGCCACUGAUGGAUCAAUCAUGCCUCGAGACGCUCGACAGCGUCGUUGCGGACGUCGCCGAGUCCGCCGUGGAGUUGCGCCGCGAGAAGCGCCAGGAUGAUGGGGCGAAGGAGAUGGCGGUCGGCCGUGCGCAGGAACGGACGCGCGAACACGAUUCGACGACGUACGGGCACAGGACACAGAUGCUAACCAUCAACUCGCUGCUCGCACCUCCGCCGCCCGCUACUUCAUCGAUGCACGCCAUGGAGCUCGCUUCGCCUGGUCCGUCGGCCACCAGCUUUGCCGAAUCACCGCUUCCUGGCCUGAGUUCGCGUGGUUUGCGACGACGUGCUCGAUCACGCCUGGUUGAUGCAUUCCGCCGCUACGUUCUCCCUGUGCUGUCGAGGAGCUUUCCGAAGGAGGGCUACUACGUCUGGGUAGUCGACAGCAUGAUCAGAAGGGCUAACAUGCGGAUGGACGAGCUGAUGAAGCGCGAAGAAGCAUCGCCCGACCAUGCUGCCUCUCGCUCGGGCGUACGGCGGCCUUUUUCUUUGAUCUCCCUCAGGCGGCUGGCGGACGACAGCGAUGACGAGACGGACACCGAUAGCACUUCUAUCCGUACGCCCUCCGCGACCGAGACCUUCCCUCUGUCUCGCCAAGCCUCAUCCUCAUCCACGUCCUCCUCCUGCACCUACUUCAGCCCUCGUUCCGAGCCCGAGACGAAGCUCUCCCCGCAGGAGCUCGCGGAGUAUACCGCCUUCUCUGCACUCACCGCGAAGUUGCGCAAGCUUUCCACGAGCGCUCGACAUGACCAGCAGCUCAUGGACGUAGAGCGGGAGCGACAAAUGGGUUUGUUGGAGGGUCGCAGCCGACGUCGCGCCUGGCUCAAUAUGCGCCUGGCGUGCAGUCCGUCGGAUACGACGGAGCUGUCGAAGCCGUACAAGAGCUCGCGAAUUGCGCAGCAGUCAUGGACGUCCGAGGACUUUGAGUACGCGCCGUAUCGGGAUGAGGAGGAGGAAGAGGACGACGACUUCUUCCUCGAGUCGAUGAGUCUCGCGACUGCGGAAGAGUUCCCUCGCCCACCGUCGCGCCUUAUCCUGCCAUACGACUCUGACGAUGACGAAGAGGAGGCAGACGCUCGCUCGGCCGACAUCCAGAGGGGCUUGCAGCUGCUCGGUCUCGCAACACCUACGAGCUCAAGGGGGUGGCGUUCGCUGCUUCAUGACAAGCCCCUUUCGGCCUUCGAUCCUCCGUCGUACAGCGACGACAUGCCGGAUCCCUACGACGAUGUCGACAAGGACAUGUCUGCCAUAGUUCAGAAUGUCUCCAUCGUUGGCGAGCGCGAGCCGUGGGCGGGCGAUACCUCCUUCAUGGACUUCUGAUUCCUUUCCCUUCCGCCCAAAAGUUAUCCCUCAUAUCCACAAGAGACGUUGCUCAUUGUUCAACUACAUAUCAUAUUUUCUCCCCUCUCUCCCUUGUAAUGUACACCACAGCUCAUCGCUGGCAUCGCUCGUAUAACCGACGCCGUGCCCUUCAGCUUCCUGUAGCCUCCCCCGUCAACUCAUUUAUGCAUCGCAUGCGUCUCCCUAUGUAUUGUACGACAAUACCCAUCGUUUAAGCAUAUACGUACACAACAAGCAUACCGCACACUACCGACAAGUAAAUCUAUUAUCAUGGUCCAUG